AUGGCAUUUCGGUCGAGAUUAGGUACGUUAGUGCAGCAAGUGGUAAGACAAUCACUUUUUUCAACGACAACCCAAAACCAUCAAAGACCUCUACAAGUGCUUCAGCAGUUUCACACCGGUUUUAUAAACCGGACAGUAAAGAACGAUAUUAAACCAAGUGAAACACAACCAGAACCUGAAGCAUCGACAUCGGUACCGUUGGCGAAAUUGGAGGGAAAAUUAAUGCUGAACUUUACAUGCAAAGUGUGCAACACUAGGAACUCCAAAUUUAUAAGUAAAGUGGCGUAUCAGAAGGGAGUGGUUAUCGUGAAGUGCACGGGUUGUGAUAACAACCACUUAAUUGCUGAUAAUCUCAAGUGGUUUACUGACUUAAAUGGGAAGAGAAAUAUUGAAGAGAUUUUAGCAGAAAAGGGCGAAAAAGUGCAUAAAGUGAUGGUUGAUGGAUGUUUAGAAGCAGUGGAAGAGAGUAUUACAAACACUCAAACGUAG